AUGUAUUCUGCCUUUGUGCUGGGUUAUGAAGUUCGCAAGAAAGAUGCUCCACAUAAUUGUGUUGAUGAUGCAUGUGCUGCUAUGAAACUAGUGCUAGCAAAGAUGAAACCUGGAUCCGAUGAAGCUAUUCCUGUAGCUCAAGAUGAUAAUACCAAAAGAGAGGAAGUAUGUCAGAUCAUCCCUGGAGACUUCACCAUUGAAAUUCAGGCUCGUAAGAAAGUUGGAGGUGACAAGUAUUCUGCUAUUGCUACUUUCAAAAGUCCACGGGAGGCACUAAAUACGUAUAAUAAUCUGGACGGAAUGGAAGAAAAGGACUGUCUUUUUCAGGACUCUUCUGGGCGGUCUCAGAAAGCCAUCUCCGUUGAGUUUAAAAAUGGCUCGAAAGCUGUAAUAUGUGUUAGGAAAAUAACACCCGAUAAUCCUCUUGUGAAAUGUUGUGCUAAACGACCUUGUCCAACAGACGCAACACCUGUAGACGGAUCAAAAAAGUUAAAAACCUGUGAAUCUCCGGAUCAGAAUCUCUGUGUCAAUGAUGAUCACGUGAAGGAGAUUGACAGAUUGAAGGAUUUUCUUAGCCAAAGAGAUAAAGAAAUUUCUAGCCUGCACAAGAUUGUAGCCGCUCUGACAAGGAAACACGUGCUUUAA